GAAGGUUGUUCCUGGACGCCUAACCGGCCUGUCCAAUGGCGCAAUGAUGGAAUGGAUGGGAUCACUUUGCAGGUGCAGUUGCCAAGUGGUUGCGAGGCCAUCUCUGUCUCGGGGGAUGACCUGCGCGCAGUGGCUCGGGUGUGGUCCGGCUGCCAGACCUUGGCGCGGCUGCACCAGGUGAAAGACGCGGAGGUGCUGAGAGCGGAUGGGGAGGUCUUGGAUUUGGGCAAGACCCUGCAGGCCCAAGGACUGCGAGAUGGGUCUCGUCUGAUUCUGCAAGAGCGGCAGCGGAAGCAGCAGCCAAGAGCCCACGAGACGGUGCUGGAGAUGGACAUGGGCACAGAUGUGGAGGUGCCUGCGGCGCCGCGCGCCGCGCAUCUUUUUGACCGCGCGGAGCGGGAGGCGAAGGCCACGGAGCUGAAGCAGAAGGCCAACGAGGUGCUGAAGGAGGGCGGCUACGCGGAGGCCUGCGCCAUCUACUCCGCGGCCUUGGCCUAUCUGCCGCCGGAGGAGUCGGACGUUCAGCUGGCGGGGGCCAUCCUCGGGAACCGCGCCUUGGCCUCGCUGAAGCUCAGCCGCUGGGCGGACGCCCGCGCGGACGCGGAGAAGUCGCUGCAGCUGGUGCCGGAGAACCCCAAGGUCCAGUUCCGCCUGGGUUUGGCGCUGCAGGCGCUGGGGGAGCUGCUGGCGGCUGCAGAGGCGCUGGAGAAAGUGGCGCACGAGGAUUGCGCGGCCAGGGCUUUGGCGCAGGUGCGGGCGAGGCUGGCGCCGGCGCCGAAGGCCGCCGAGGCCUCGCCGCCGCGGGGGCUGAAGUGGCGCCUGGCAUGGUGGCAGCAGGGCUUCAGACUGCCGCGGCUGCGGGAGGUUUGGAGGGACUUCACCGACCUCACCUCGCCGCUUUCCAAUGAUCACGCUCUGGCAUUGAUGCACACCUGGCGAUACCAGGGCCCACUGCACGACUUUUUUCUGCAGGAGACGUCCAAAGCGGCGCGGAGCUUUGGCUUGCCGGCGAUCGUGGUGCUUGGAACCGGCAACAUGGCGGCGGCGAGAGCUUGCCUGGAGGUGUUGCAUAGCAACGACGCGUGCCAGGCCACUUUGCUGGAGCCCUCUGAAGGCCUGGCAUAUUUGGCCAGAGAAGUUUUGCAGCCCGAAAAGAGGAAGAUGCGCGUCUUGCACUCGUCUGGCCAGCUGGACACCGAGUUCGCCUACCCCAGCUCUGUGCUGCGAAAGCCGGGGCUGGUUUUGGUGUGCGACCGCCUGGCGGAAGAUUUGGUGGGCGAAGGUCUGGUAAAGACCUUGGCGGCCGCCAAGGCGGCCGCGGAAAAGGCCGGAAACGCCCAGGUGGUGUGCGUUCCGGCGCGGGCGGAGCUGCUGAUGGCCCCGCUGGAGCUGCGCAGCUCGGAGUUCAUGGGGGUGGACGUGUCAAAGGCCAACGCGCUGAGGUUCACCGCUCAUUCGGAGGACGUGCCACAGGAAAGGCUUUGGAAGUGCGAGGUUUGCUCCUGGUGCAACGCGCUGCAUGUGAAGGGCUGCGAGCUCUGCCGUGCGGCCCGCCGCCCAAAAGCCGCCAGUCACCAGCAGUCGAAGCGGACGGAGUCCUCGGGCUGGUGGCCCAUGGAUUUGGACGCGGAAGCGGCACACGCAGGAAUGGACGGGAGUAUUUGUCGCUUGUGCGCGGAGGCACAAGUGAUUUGCGCUUUCGACUUCAACAACGCAGCAGUGUUUCAGGAGCAGCAAAGAAUGCUCGAGAAGACUGUCACAGCGAUAGCUUCAUGUCAAUGCCACGUGAAUGCUAUUGCGGUGUGGUGGCGCUUGCAUGGUUUCGACGACAGCACUAUCGACACAAGCCCGGGAAGUGCUGGGACUGGAAGUCUGCCUUGGCCAACCAAGCGCCAGGCAGUGUUCCACCUAGGUUACGAGAUUGGCAUUGAGCAAGGGGAAUCCAUGGAGCUGAAGGUGCACUUCUCUGAUGCCUUCUGCAGAAUCCGCUUCGACUUGCAGAAGCCGCGGCUGGUUGACCGCAUGGGAUUGAUCAAGUUCGAGGUGGACAUUACCAGCCGCAAAGUUCUCGACGAGCUUCGCAGCAAGGCGAGAG